GCGUGAGGCCUCGUCGAGAUCUGGGGGGCUGUUUGCGGGGGCAGUCUCUGUGGUCAUCGGGAGUCGUGACGGAAGAAACGCUGGCCGGAGCUGAAGCAAGGUAACACAACUCUGUAACCUAGCCUGAUGGGAGCAAGAGGCCUGGAAGAGCUUUGGUUCGUGCUGAAAACAGCCAUGCUGGCGGCGAUUGAAGUUCGUGCCCGCCCUGCAGUACCUCCAAGACCGAAGAAACUCAGCAGACGGACGAUUCCAGCAGCAUCAAGUACAGCAUUGACGGUACAAGACGCCACCGGAGAUCAUCCCACAUACCCAGUCCGGGGAGCCAAUGAGCCCGCGGCUGAUUAUCGUGGGCGACUACUGGCAUUUUCAGAGGCUGUAGCUGCCGUCGAGGCCCGGAAAGAGUUAGCAGAGGCAGAACGUCAGCGGCUAGCCAAUGAAGCGGCAGCCGAAGCUCAGCGAACGACUGAGACUGACGCAGCGACACGAGACAGACGGAAUGCCAGCAGCACGGAGUCCUUGAUUGCUUGUGAGCAUCAGUGGACGACGGUACUCCAAGACAUGAUCUUUGUACCUACAGAAGCGCAGGCAGACCCGACACCGGCGGAGGCAGAGAGAAGUAACCUGGCUAACUUGCUGUUGGGCAUGAUGAGAGGUAUUAUGUGGAAUAAUACACUGCUGCAGUCACAUCUGCGCGCGGACGUAACGCAGCGACAAACAUACAAGAAUGAUAUGACUACGUUAACCACUGCCAUCCGCACAGAGGCAAUGCAGCAGCAGCAACAACAUCAACUGUUGAAUUCCACUGUCACACGCAUCAGCAGCAUAGAGGCUAACGCCUCAGCAGCGCCAGGCUGCACGACAGACGUGACGAAGCAACUCAAUGAGCGCAUCGAUCACGUCGUCACCAUCAUCAGCGACAUAAGUACGUUCACUGGACCAGACUCGAUCAGCAGCACGGUGGCCGCCAUCAAGACGGACCUCACCAAACUACAGACGAGACCGGAAGCAGCUACAAAGACRUUCAAGAUGCCGCACUUCGACAUCARCAAGUUCGACGACUACAACAAGUCGRACGCCUUGUCAUGGUGGCAACGCUUCCUCACGGAAGCAUCAUGCCGCAUGGUCCCGGCGGAYGACAUGUUGAAGGCAMUAUAUCURCAGCUGAUUGGAGGAGAGCAGGGAUGGAUGAACCACCUAGCGGCUACACACAAGUGCACUAUCGCCGAACUCCACACGCACAUUACGUGGAAGGAGUUCGAGCAGCUAUGGUUCACCCAGUUCAUGGUCCGCAACGUUGUGAAGGCGGCCAUGAAUGAGGUGUACACAUGCUCUCAAGGGAACAUACCGACUCGAGACUGGACAACGAAGUGGCAAAAGAUAGUGAUCACAACAGGUUUCGAUUUGACAUUUCCAAAUCAACGAUCGGAGUUCUUCUCGCGAUCGUGCGCGGGAUUGCGGUCGGCACUCGGUAAUGAGUACGACUAUACCACAUUCCAGACCAUUCUCGAUCGAGCGAACUUGGUCAUCCAAACGGACGACAAGGCCGCUAACGAGAGACAAUCCCAGCCGCACUAUUCCUCAGGAACGGGAAGUGUGUCCGAUGCACGCGACUCCCAGUUUCUUCCAUCACUUGUGAACGUGUAUGCCAGCGUCUGUGAGAUUGAUGACGUGGCAUUCAAGGCGCCAAAGGCAGAUUUGACGCAACCACGUUUACCUGUCUUAGGCAAUAACAAGCUGCUAAUUGKUUUAKAACAGCAACCCGAGACGUGGUACCGAKGCCGCUCCGGGAACUCAUGCCCUUACAUCUCCCGUGCAAGUACCUUUYACUGUCCGUCGCAUUGCACUUCGGCUGGGCACGCGCUGUGCAGCGUCGUUGGAGGUACGGGGAGUGCUUGGUACUUUUGCUACUAUGAUAACUCCGGUAGAUCUGUCUUCUGCAGUCACAUCUCUCGACUUCAGAAUUUCAGCUGUCCAAAACACGGGUCUUCUUAUGGAAAAGGGACUUGUCAGGUGGUACAAGUGGAAGCAAACGGGACAGGCACAUCUGACGCAGGRUUUGUUAAAGAGAACUUGACAUUCAUGAUAACGGACGAUCUGCAGAUUUUCAAAUCGUCGACGAUCCGCAGCAUCCAGUUGCUAAAUGAGAUGAGGAUGACGAACAUGGGAGACUUAGCAGGAGUUCGAAUCAGUUUGGCAAAGGAAGAGAUGCUGAAGCUGCUUCGCCUGGCGGUGACGUGUGAAGAUGGAGUCUUGAGCAACGUGUUCGACAAGCAGUUCUCAGAGCUUGUGAAGGAGCACGCGAAGCCUAAGAAGACCAAGAAAUAAGUGUGUCAUUGACUUCAUAUUCAAUCCUGUACGUCGGAUGUUUCCCGGAGGCAAUCAUCAUCUUUCAUUUUGCGGGCGCGCAGUCGUUGAUAGCAGGCCUGUCCAAGGAGGCGCAGGGGUUUUGUCGGUGUCGUGUGUGUGUGUGUGUGUGUGUGUGUGUGUGUGUGUGUGUGUGUGUGUGCGUGUGCUCGUUGAAAGCUGGCUGGUUGGAAGCGAAAUGAUAUAGAAUAGGAUGAACGAAACUGCGGACAUGCUUUAAGUGCUUAUGUUUGGCGGUUCUAUGUCAGGGUCUUGUGGGUGUUAUCAGGAGAGGAAGGAAAGUCGAACGGUACACGUCGAUGAAGGAAAGUCGAACGGUACACGUCGAUGAAGGAAAGUCGAACGGUACACGUCGAUGAUGAUCUGUUCUUCUGAUGGUUCGAAGCUGAAUAGGCUAUAUUUCGGCAUAAGAUUAUUUUUAGCGGUGUGAUAUCGUGCAGGUUGUGUGCUCGAUCCAUGUUGAGGUUAUCGUGCAGGUUGUGUGAGCCAUCCACGUUGAGGUAACCGUCAACAGAAAGCCUGAGAAAGGAAUGAUCAGCAUCUUUGGCCGUGCGAUGUCGAAGUUUGCUAGCUGAGGGGUCGUUACGGGAGGAAGAAUUCAAUGCUGAAGUACGCGUUCGUGCACUUUUUGUUGGUUUUUUCGUCGAGAGCGCUCGGAUACCAUUUUUCUUGAGCUGUUGCCACGUCGUCCGCUUAUUUGCGCCGAACAACGGUCGGCGACGAUGUUCGGCUUCCUUUGGACUAUGGUGGUGCUCAGUUCGCACUCGGAGAGCUCACAAUGUCGGUGGAAGGGUGCAGGUUAUUCCGCCGUCCCGCUCGUAGACAGCUACUGUGCUCGGUUGUCCUGGAUGGUGUAAUAAGGGCGGAACGAGUCGUCUUGCCGUGCGAUCUCACCCCCUGAUGAAGACUUACGCUUGCGAGUCGGUCGAAAGACUGCGUCGGGUUGCAUCGCCAGUUUGUCUUGUUUUUCCUUGAACAUGUCUUUCGCGCCGUGAUUGCGCUGCGGGGAACUCUUUCGUCUCUGUCUGUUCCUGGCUUUCUUCUGGUCUAAAUCCACUUGCACACAACAGACGUGUAUCGUGCGUUUGCUUUGCUUGCUGGUGCCUUGACGGUUCAACUAUGACUGAGUCGUACUAGCGAGGUCUUGAUAACUGUGGUUCGGUUUGAAGGGUUAGGCUGUCGGUGAUAAUAAUGUGUCGAUGCAUUCCGUGUUUGGCCUGAACAGCGUUUCCUGUCGUCCCUAACUAUGUAACCUGGUUCCUCAAAUCC